AAGAAAUAUGGCAACAUUUUUAGCCUGAAUCUUGGUGACAUUACUUCCGUGGUCAUAACUGGACUGCCCUUAAUCAAAGAAGUCUUUACUCACAUGGAACAAAACAUUUUGAACCGCCCUGUCACUCUUAUCCGAGAGCGUAUCUCUAAUAACAAUGGGUUGGUCUUCUCCAGUGGCCAGACAUGGAAGGAACAAAGAAGGUUCGCCCUGAUGACACUGAGGAACUUUGGAUUGGGAAAGAAGAGCUUAGAACAGCGCAUGCAGGAGGAAUCGCGACACCUUGUGGAGGCCAUAGAAGAGGAGGGAGGACAGCCUUUCAACCCUCACUUUAAUAUCAACAAUGCAGUUUCCAAUGUCAUUUGCUCUGUUACCUUUGGGGAGCGCUUUGAGUACCAGGACAGUCAAUUCCAAGAGAUGCUGAGGCUGCUGGAUGAGGCCACAUGUUUGGAGGCAUCAAUUGGGUGCCAGCUCUACAACAUUUUUCCAUGGAUAAUGAAAUAUCUUCCUGGAUCACACCAAACAGUUUUCAGAAACUGGGGAAAACUGAAAUUGUUUGUUUCUGAUAUUAUUGACAAUCACCGCAAAGACUGGGACCCAGAUGAGCCGAGAGACUACAUUGAUGCUUUCCUCAAGGAAAUGACAAAGUACCCAGACAAGACUACAAGUUUCAAUGAAGAAAACCUCAUCUGCAGCACUCUGGACCUCUUUUUUGCUGGAACAGAGACAACAUCCACAACCCUGCGCUGGGCUCUGCUCUACAUGGCCCUCUACCCAGAAGUCCAAGAAAAAGUGCAGGCUGAGAUUGACAGAGUGAUCGGCCAGAAGAGACAAGCAAGCCUGGCCGACCGAGAGUCCAUGCCUUAUACCAAUGCCGUCCUCCAUGAGGUGCAGAGGAUGGGCAACAUUGUCCCCUUGAAUGUUCCCAGGGAAGUGGCAAUGGACACCAAUUUGCAUGGAUUCCACUUGCCAAAGGGUACCAUGCUUCUAACCAACCUAACUGCACUACACAGGGACCCCAAAGAGUGGGCCACCCCAGAAACCUUCAAUCCAGAGCACUUUUUGGAGAACGGGCAAUUUAAGAAGAGAGAGUCCUUUCUGCCAUUCUCAAUGGGGUGGAUAUGUGCCACCUUCAUAAGACUAUCCAGGGAAGCACUCUCACAGGGGAAUGGAGUUGAUUUGAAAUGCAAUGGUGAGGAGAAAUGGGAGAAUGGUUGCCUACUCAAAACAAUGGAAACAUGAAAUGAUAAUUGUAAUAGCAUUUACUUGACUGGAUUGAGUUCUGUCUUAUCCAGGAACUCCUUGAAUAGGUAAGUCUUUUGCCUUUUAUAGUUUUAACUAUGCUUUAAAAAAAUCUGAAUUUUCCCCAUGCUAGUGUGAAUUCAGAGCCAGUGUUAUUUUGGGCUGGGCUGCCCUGGGUGUGUCUGGCAGGACUAGUUCUGACUUCUUUGUAUUUCCAUCUGGGACCUUUGUUUACUGUUCACAACUCACUUUAAUAAGAAAGCUGAUAAAAUAUAGGGACUCUGUCCAGUCUUCAGCUACAUACUUCACUUAUUCAACUAUUCUUUUUCUAUGUUGUUUUUUUUUAUUUUUAUUGAAAAUAGAUUUUUCUCUUAUACAAUGCAUCCUGACCACAGUUUCCCCUCCCUCCAUUCCUCCCAGCUCCUCUCCAUCACCUCUUUCCCCAAGAUCUACUCCCCAUCCUUAAAUACAUGUACCUAAGGCAGGUCUUUAAGCCAUGCCCCUGAUAGGAUAUCUGGAACCUGGAGGUGUUAUUUCCUUGAUUCCUGGUCCCUAUGAGGUAGUGACAUUCUUUCACCACACACUUACAACAAAUGCUCUGUCUCUUAUUCUUUUCUUUUUCCACUAAAAAUGUAUAUUUAGAAAGAAAGGAAGCUAGUAAAAAGUUACUUAAGGUAGCUGACAUGGUAGCUCAGCUGGUAAAUUGGUUGUCUUACAGCAUAAUGUCCGGAUUUGAUCCCUAGAACCUGACAGAACGCUGUUUAUGUCAGCAUAUUCUUGCAAUCCUCAUGCUGACUGACCAGAGACAAAAAGACCCUGGGACUCACUGGCAGGUCAGCGUAGCCUGAUUAGCAGUGACACUGUCUCAAAAACAAAUACAUACAUAAAUAAAUAAAGUGGAUGACACAUGAGGAUAAACACCCACAGCUGGCAACUAACUUCUACAAAUUUGUGCACACAGUGUACAUACAAUGGGCACACAUAUGCACAAACACAUCUACACAAAUGUGGGCUUAAAGAUGGAUUAGAGACUAUGCAGAACUCUGCAGGGCUGUUGGGAUGCAUGGUGAGGAUGUCCACUGAGGGAGAGAACAGUGGCAUGCUAGGGUUGUCCUGGACAAUCAGACACCACUGGUGUGAACCCAGGUAUUCAAUAGAGAGACUAACAUGUAGGUACAGAAAUGAAUAUUGAUACAAAUGCAUAUGUCAAUACACACACUUAGAUAUAAACACCAGGUGCAUGUGUGUAUGACAUAAGGUGACGUACAGCAAUGGCUUCCACAGUUGUGAGAAUGCCUCCUGCCAGGUCUUACCUUUCACAUAUCAUUAGUCCAAGCAAUGAACCAGGAAACUUGGAAAAAUGACAAUUUCCUGGGCCAGCAAAGUGAAAACACAAGUGUGGGCCAAGGUCAGGAAAUACCACCUUGAAUGGGGCUUCAAUGGCCAAAUCAGCAAGAAGUUAGACAUAACCAGCUAGACACAAAGUCUAAGGUCAGCUCAGUAUUUACAGUGUGAAGUUGGGGACACCAGUCCCUCCAUGCACUAAAGUCAGCUGAGAAAGUGACUCAUCUUCUGUUUUUGUC